AUGCGGUUCUGGUUUCUAGCACCAGACUUCACAUUUCGAAAGAAUGGUACCAUUCGCCUCGGAACAGUGCUUGAGCACCCUCUUCGGCCAACACAGAUUCUAGCCUCCCAGGGCAACGGGCUGCCAGCUGAUCUUGACCUGCCAUCAAAGAGAAGCUUCAUAGAACGGAAUCAUGAGCAUUCCAGCGAUUCAGAUAUGUCUGUCGGGACGAAACUCUGGGCUACUUUCCUCGAAGUUGCCUCACCCGCGGUCGGAAUGUCCGUUGAUCUGUCCCGCAAUCGCGACUUCGGGAAGGUCGACCACGAGGUGUGGACGUUCGACCAUGAGCUUGGCGACAAAUGCCUUAAGGACAUAGUUACAGCACCUAAGAUACAGAAGUACAUAGAAUCCGGCUUUCUUGGCCGCAAACCUGUCUACAUAAUCACAGGGGUUCGCAUCACCAAUACGGCAUUCACUGUGUCCACGGGAUCCAAGACAGCCCUGUCUGUCAGCGCUUCCGCCGCCGCGAGCGAUCCAAGUGGCACCGUCCCAAUCACCGCUGGAGCCGAAGGAAAUAUGCGGCUCGCAAAAACAGUGGGUGACUCGUAUGAAACCGCGCCAGGCAUUGUGUUUGCGUACCGUGUACAUAUAAUCCGCACCAGAGGCGAGGGUGAAGUAAGAGAAGAGUUGUUCUCUCAUAAGAAAGCAUUCAUGACUGGAGCUAGUGGUCCGGAAAUUGAGUGUCUGGAAGUUAAUCUGCAGGUGCUUCGACAAGAUCCUGACGAGUCAUUGGAGGUUCAUGAAUACUGUGUUGGAGAUGAUGAUUGUUGGGUAUCUUUACCGCUCUUUUCAGGUAACUAA